GUCGCCAUGAUACAGCAGCGGAAACGGAUGAGAAGUAGCUAGAAAACAAAAGAGAACACGCAGUCGUCCUCGCGAUUUGGUAUGCUCUUGCAGUGUUAUAGGAAUGCCCAAGGAAAAAUAUGACCCGCCGGAUCCCAGGCGGAUGUACACAAUUAUGUCCAGCGAGGAGGCAGCCAAUGGGAAGAAGUCAUACUGGGCUGAGCUGGAAAUCAGUGGCCGAGUAAAGAGUCUCAGCACAGCCCUGUGGUCUCUCACCCACCUCACUGCCCUGCACCUCAGUGACAACUCACUGUCACGCAUCCCGCCAGACAUUGCCAAAUUACACAACCUGGUGUACCUGGAUCUCUCAUCCAACAAGAUCAGGAGCCUGCCGGCAGAGCUCGGCAACAUGGUGUCUCUCAGGGAACUGCUUUUAAAUAACAACCAGUUGCGGGUUCUGCCAUUUGAAUUGGGGAAACUUUUUCAGUUACAAACACUGGGGUUGAAAGGAAACCCACUUGCACAAGAAAUUAUGAGCCUCUACCAGGAACCUGAUGGCACGCGGAGACUGCUCAACUACUUGUUAGACAAUCUGGCAGGGGCUAUCAAGCGCAUACCAACAGAGCAGCCCCCAGCCCGGUCAUGGAUCUCACUCCAGGAACCAGACCGAUCACGACCCUCAGCACUGUUCUCUGUGAUGUGCUACAAUGUGCUGUGUGAUAAGUACGCAACACGACAGCUAUAUGGUUACUGUCCCUCUUGGGCUCUAAACUGGGAAUACAGGAAGAAAUCCAUCAUGCAGGAGAUCCUGGGUUGCAACGCAGACAUCAUCAGUUUGCAGGAAGUUGAAACGGAGCAGUACUACAGUUUCUUCUUGCCUGAGCUGAAGGAGCAGGGAUACGAUGGGUUCUUCAGUCCAAAGUCACGAGCGAGGACUAUGUCAGAGUCGGACCGUAAACAUGUAGACGGAUGUGCAAUUUUCUACAAGACAGAAAAGUUCAGCGCAGUGCAGAAGCACACAGUGGAGUUCAACCAGCUGGCCAUGGCUAACUCCGAAGGCUCAGAGGCUAUGCUGAACAGGGUGAUGACCAAGGACAACAUUGGGGUAGCUGUACUGCUGGAGGUCCGCAAAGAGAUGAUGGAGGUCUCCUCCGGAAAGUCACUCCACGGCAUGGAGAAGCAGCUGCUCCUGGUAGCCAAUGCCCACAUGCACUGGGACCCAGAGUACUCUGAUGUUAAGCUGGUCCAGACCAUGAUGUUCCUGUCAGAGGUGAAGAACAUAGUGGAUAAGGCCACACGUAGCCUCAAGCUGUCCUCUGUCUCUGGUGAGACCAAUGCCAUUCCACUGGUGCUGUGCGCUGACCUCAACUCCUUGCCUGACUCUGGCGUAGUGGAGUACCUGAGUACUGGCGGAGUGGACUGCACCCACAAGGACUUCAAGGAGCUUCGUUAUAGCGACAGCCUGACCAAAUUCAACUGCAACGGCAAGAACAGCACGUCCAACGGCAGGAUCACCCACGGCUUCAAGCUGAAGAGCGCCUACGAGAACGGCCUGAUGCCUUACACCAACUACACCUUCGACUUCAAGGGUGUCAUUGACUAUAUUUUCUACUCCAAGCCUCACCUGAACGUGCUGGGUAUCUUGGGCCCCCUGGACCCCCACUGGCUUGUAGAGAACAAUGUCAGCGGCUGCCCACAUCCCCACAUCCCCUCCGACCACUUCUCCCUCUUCGCCCAGCUGGAGCUGCUCCUGCCCAACGUGCCCCCCCAGGUCAAUGGGCUCCAUCUGCCUGCACGCAGGUAGUGAGUCCCUGCCACACCACCAGGGGGAGCUGCAACCACAGCCUCUCUCCCUUUCAAUCCUCCUCCCUCCCACUACCAGCUCUUCCCUCCACCACACCGGAGGGGGAAGACAAAAAAACACAACCUGUAAAAUAUCCGUACAGUGAGGUCUGGCCGACAGGGAUUUCGUAUAAUGUUAUAGAUAUUCUAUAUUUUUCUUUUUUCUUUCUCUAUUUUUCUUUUUUGUUCUUUUUUUAACCGCUCGAUUCAGUCCUGUUUGUGCGUCAUAUUUUGUGUUUCGGACUCCUUUUCCUCCCAGAAUCCACCCACCAACCCACUUUGCUUCUGUUAUCCAAACUAGAAGGGAUGGUAGCUCAUUCAGAUUUGUCACAUGGGGCACUGUUUGGUUUAAGAGAAAGGGGAAACUUAGAAGUGGCUGAGGGGACGACAUCCACCUGAAAAGCUCCAUAGCUGAUGGUCUGCUCGUCUGUCUGUCCUGUAUAAAUCUAAAACCAGCAAAGACAGCAGACUUGUCAGUCUCAGACCUCCAUUUUCUUGGCUUGUGCUUGUUUUCCCCCUGUACUCUGGGCAGCCAGCGUACUUUCUCAGUCUUUACACACAUUUGUUGAUUGAGGCGUGGUCGAGUAAGCGCAAGCUUUCAGCUGGUAGACGUGUGUCCCUGGAGGUGGAUGUAGCGCAGCUCAUAUGAGGUGAGAUUUCCUGCUGUCAUUCUGUGGUGCUGAGGCCUUUUGCGUGGUCACGGCCUCCUGUGGUGCUACAAGAUAGUCUACACCUCUGACCUUGGCCCUGGUGCAUUAGCUACCAAACCCACAGAUGCCUCGAGAACCCGACGUCCGAAAACUACAUUCACCUGAUUACAUGUGAGCAGUAUGUAGUGUUAAUUUGUCAAGGAAAGGAUGUUGUGAGAAACUGAAGGCAGCUACCAUCCUGUUUGCAGACUGUUUCACCCCAGCUUGUAUAGUUGUUAGGCUAGUCUUGUGCUUAGGAGCUUGUGUGGCCCGUGUAUCAUCUUUUUUUGGGGCAAGGGGAUUUAGGCUGAUGGAAAAUGCGAUGGGGGUGGAGGGGGGGGGGGGGGGCUAUCACAAAUCUUUAUCUUGAUUGCUUUUAGGCAGAGAGAGCGAGUAAUGGCUGAUACACAGGAGUAAAACCAGCAUCCCUCUCACUGUCUGGAGUUGCCAACCAACUCCACACAUGCAAGCUUACACACAAACACUUACACACACACACACACACACACACACAGACACAUGUUACAGGUAAUUUGAAGGCAGAUUUGUAGCACUGUCUCUGAGGCCAGUAGUGACUUUCCCCAGCCAUAAAUUCCAUACACAAAAGCAGUGGUUUUUUCACAAGUGUUUGUACAGAAUAGAAAUCUAGACUCAGUCUUUACAUGAUUGUAUAUGAACCACAAAAGACCUGUUUUCUGGCGUUUUUUGUACUAAGAGUAAAUUAUGAUCAGAUUUGAAAAAAAAAAAAAAAAAGAUUGUAUUGUAAACUAUGGCUAAAUUUUUAUCCAGUUAAUGUUAAGAUGAAUUGAUAUUACCAGCUUGUACAAAAGACGUAAGAAGAGGUUGUUCAAGGCGUUCGCUGUCACUUCUUUGCACUCCCUUGAGAUUAACUGUAAUUAAUGUAUCAGUAUUGUUUUUUUUUUCCCGCCCCCUCUCUCUCUCUCUCUCUCUCUCUGCCGUUGAUUUGAUUUGCCGGCAUAUUGCUGCGAUUGUAAAUAGACACCGAAUAAACUCUGCCUGUCUCUUCUUGCCCAUUAACAAAGCCAUUGAUCCACACUGCUGCCAUCAGUUCAGACAAAAGGACACACAAGAACGAGUCACAGCCCACCAGUGACUCCACAUCUGUUCAUUUAUAUAUCUCACACCCACUCUCACCAGUGACGUGUGGCCGAAACAACCUAUAUAAAUCCCACACGUACAGCAAAACAUCGUGCCUCACUGUAGCAGUUGUCGUUGUCUUGCACUAUAUACACUUGACGAACGCCUGAACAACCUUUUCUCCUUUUAUUUUUAAAUACUGUUGAGACAUUUGUGAAGAUUUUAUGUCCUUUUUUUUUGGUUUUUGUUAAUGUUGAUUUCCUUUUUUAUGAGCUGUGACAAUGUUAUGAUGAUGUGUAUAUCCUUCCUAUUCAUUGAGCUCUCUAGUAAUCAGGUAUGCUUUCUCCACCGACCCUUUCUCCUCUACUUAAAGAACAUGAGUAGGAUGUCUUAUCUUUACUAAAUCCACUCUCUCAGAUUGUUUUGCUCCCUUGUUGUACCUUAGCACGGCCCCAUGCCCAGACCCCCAAAAUUCCUAGCCCCUAGCUCCUUUCCUGGCCAUGAAUUUUAAAUCUCCAUAAGCCUGUCCAUCACCCUAAUACCCCACCCCACCGGCAACCGCCCAACCUCAGACUUUACCUACCCUCUAUAUUACUCAAGCUGUGUCUUUUAAACCCCUUUGCGCAACCACUUUGUAUAGUUCUCUUACCCUCGUCACUGCAGUACUAUAGUGCCAUCUGUGGGCCCCCCUACCUCUGUAUUGGAAAAGGAGGAAGGCUGCUUUUGGAUGAACAAGGGAUGAGGGGCAGCAAGCUCAGCUGUUUCUCUCUGAAGGCCAGGCAAACGCGUUGCUAUGAAUCAAAAUUUGUUACAUCCCAGACCGACAAGAGAGGUUUGUCCGUGGCGAGACGACCACUUCGACAGCCAUGCUUUUACACAGAUACAACGGAUGAUGAGCACUUAGUAGAUUCAUAUGCAGCUCCCCUCACUCCCUGUCCCAUCAUAUUAGUGAGUAAAGAUCUUAAUACUUUAAUGUAUAUGUUGAAAUGACAUUUUUAAAGCAAGAGGGAAGCAAGUAAAUAGGAAGUAUAAAUUUAGUCCUCAAAUCAAGUUUUCUUGUCCAAUUUGUUUGCCCCCUACGUUUGUUUUUUAACGUUUUUUUUUCUUUGUUUUUUUUUUUUUUUUUUUUUCCAAUGGAAACCAAUGUGUCCAGUUUGCUUUUUUUCCUGAAUGGCAUUAGUAUUGUAGUAGAUUUAAAGGCUAGCUUUUUUUGUAAAGUGUGAAUAAAAGAUGUAUCUCAUGUUUCCUUUCUAAAAAGAUAUUGAAUUGUGUUGUUGAUGUGUAAAUCAUGAAUUCUAUGAUGGUGUUAUGUUUGCUACAUUGUUUUUACUUUUACUCACCCCCCCCUUCCAUUUACUCUUAUCCCAUCACAAACCAAAUCCUCUGUAGAAAUCAUGAUGAGACAUUGUCUUUGAUGGGUUGAUUUAGAGAAGUUGAAUGUCCCUGACGAUGCCUCGUGGAAUGAAGGAUUGACUGCUUAUUGGAGGCAAAGUACCUAAAUCAUUGGUAUCAGAAAUUUCAGCACAGGGAUGAUCAGUUUUUUCUUACUUUUUUUUUUUUUUUUUUUUUUUUUUUAACUUCUCAGCUUUAUUUUUGGAUGUUGCAUGGCACUAGCUGGAGAGUGCUGGUGCCUGUAGGUUUAGGGCAGCAGAGCUGUCUUACUAGUGGCUGCAGUUCAGUACUAGAGAACACUGUUCUGACUGGUGUGAAACAUGUUUGUAAGACUAAGCUAAUGUCGUGCCGCUGGUCGCCAGACUGGUCCUGUGAUGAUUUUUGAGUACUACUAGUCCAUCUCACUCUGUUCUUGUGCAUCACAGUGGUUAAAUCUGUUACACUAGCUAGCUACUAUUGAUAGUCACUGAUUUGACUCUUAAAUCUUUUCAGUUGUUGACACCCCUCACCCUCUCCUUCCCGUCUCCUCUCCUCUUCAUCCCCCCUCUUGUUAAACCACAGACUAUGGCUUCUGAUUGAAAAUCUAGAAAAUCACAGAGCUGAGUUUAUUUCACUCUUUAAGCUUCAGUGAGUGAUCACAUUGUUGGCUUUGUGCUUUUUCACUGUUGCAUUGUGUUUCAUAGUUGGCUUGUUAGGCGUAGAGUGAUUUUUCCCAGGCUGCAUCUCUUUGUAAUGGUGCACACCAAAGCUGCUUGUAGUUCAGUUCUCUGUCGUAGAGCAAGUUCUUUGACCAACCAGUCACAUCAUUUUUUUUUUUUUUUUUUUUGAAUUCAUAUCAUAGUCUUCAUGAAAUGUAGGGCUGUAAGGAAAGCAAGGUACUUUUGUCCUUUUCCUUGAAUCACAUGAACAUCCAUAUUCAUACUUGUCUCUGUGGUUGGAGUUUGGUUUCUCAACCCAUCAACUCAAAUUAACAUGCAUCUUUUUUUUUUCCAAAAACUUGGCAAUAAUACCCAGAAACAUUCAGAUACAUUCAGAAUGGGUUUUUAAAUAUUUUAUCUGGAAAAUGUAGCUAUGUCAUCUUUCAAACUGUGGUCUAUUUGUUUCUUUUUUUUUGGCUUUUUAACUCUUGAUUUUCAACCUCGCAGAUUGCUUUGUUAUCUGAAAACCUUUUAAAGCUUUUUUUUCUUUCUUCCUUUUUAUCAGCCAUCUUGUAUAUUUGCUCAUCUCCUUCUCCCUGCCGUUCUAGUGGUAGUUGUUCAAUGAUCAGGAUUGUCUAUCUGUAGUCAGCUGAGUACAUAUAUUGAUCUGUGUCACUGUGUUUAUGCACUGGACCAACUAUUGUUUACCAUUCAUGAAAUACCAGCAAAAAAAAAAAAAAAAAAAGACGAAACACUUGCACAAUGUUGUAGAAUGUCCAUUAACCCAGAUGAGAAAUCAAGGCAGCUGUUUUCAAAUCAACACAUACUGUUUUAAAAAGAAACUGAAUGGUAAACAAUGCUUUCUGUUGUACCCCUUAGCCGUCCUCUCGAUUCUCUUUGGACUAGUUUUGUUCUUUUAUUUUUAUUUCCGUUUGACUACAGGUUCUGCUUGUUUCCUUUACACCUACCUAUGUAUUUUCCUACUUCUGGUUGAAAAUAAAUUCUAUAUUAUCUGUUUCAAGCUGUGUCACCUCUUAUUCUUUGCAAUGGAUAUUGAAAAUAAAUUCUAUAUCUGUU